UACGAAGACAAACGAGUCGUUGCUGUCGGCAUUGGCAAUUCUGGUGCUGAUAUCGCUGUGGAGCUUAGCCGAGUAUCGGAGGAAGUCUACCUUUCCACUAGCUCGACGAAGAGAACGAUUAAUGCCCGUUUCGAUCAUGCAGCUUAUGGUCUUCAGCCUAAGCAUGAUGUGUUCCGUGCUCACACAACACAAAACGAUGAGCUGCCGAUUCGCAUAGCAAGUGGAACUGUCGUGGUCAAACCGAAUAUCGAACGAUUCACCGAACAUGACGUCUAUUUCAUUGACGGCACCAAAGCAACAAAUGUGGAUUAUCCGCUGGGAUCGAUCAUGCCGAUCGCCGAAAUGCAGGCUCGAGUGUUUUUCUCAGUGCUUUCCGGUGAGUCAACAUUGCCCAACUCGGACGCAAUGCGAAUGGACAUGCUCUCCAAACGAGAAGCGAUGAGAAGGCAAUACGUCGCUAGUCACAGACAUACUAUUCAGGUGGACUACAUCCCAUUUAUGGACGAACUAGCAACAAUCAUCGGCUGUCGACCACGUUUUCUGCCGCUUCUGUGCUCAAAGAUCCCUUUGGCGAUAAGCAUCCACUUUAUGGGCCGUGUUGCCCGUGCUCGGAAUGCCAUUCUCGAACUUCCUGAGCGGGUCAAAAGCGGCGCUCUGCGAGCUAUUCUUCGCUCGAACACCACCGUCGCAAGGGGUGUGUCGUGGCCGCUGAUCCUCGUCGGAUUUCUUUAUCAUGAUGCUUCCUCGAAUAUUUCUCUAAGGAUUUGGUGA